AGGAUACGAGCAGCCGGUUAGCUCGUGCUAGGCUAGCAUAUAGCGGGACAUAAAGCGCUACACCAAAUGACAACAGUGGAAUUAAACUAACAGCAGGUCAGUAAGUAGUCAUAGUACAUCCAGCGAGGUAUGCAAAGGUUUUAAAACAUGACAACUUUGUAUUUUAGGUCUCGUACAUAACUUUUUUUUUUAAAGGCGUGCCUUGGUUAAUUCUACUUAGCUACUUAGCUUCACUAGCUGCCCCGGAAACAACAAUGUGGCUAGCACUUAACAAGCGUUAGGAAUAAUCUGGACAGAAUUGUGCAAAAGCGCUACCUACACCGCCAUGUCUAUUGAUUUUGACAGUGCUGCUCUACAAACACAGCACGACGACGAAGAGUACGAUGAAGAGGACUAUGCAAGGGAGCAAGAGCUCCACAAAUUGCUCACCGACCUGCCAGAUGACAUGCUUGAGGAUAGCCGAGACUCCUCCUCUCCAGAGCUGGAGACCUCCACCUGCAGCAAUAAAAACAUGGCAAACAGCCCACAGUCCAAAUGGACUCAGCAGUGGUCAGACCAUCCCAUACCCACUUCUCAUGAGCAGGCUAAUGAUCAAUGCAGCCGAGGGUUUGCCUAUGACAACAAAGCGGUUCGGAUCAAUGGUCAUCCGCAUCAUGCUCAAAAUCAACCUCUGGCUCACAUGUGGCACCAGCAGUCACAAGAUCCACACUUCACCCACGAAGACUACGCGCAAACCAGCGGAGUAGCAGGGGAAUGUACAGAGGACGGCAAUGUGUCCACAGAUCGAACCUACGAGUCAAAGACACACCACGGAAAAAAAAGGGCUGGAGUGCAAAGUGUGGACAAGUACACAGCCAGUUACAAUCCUCCCCGUCAGAUGUUCAGCUCACCGGCCACACACCAAGAUCAUCCAUUUGACCAUCUUCAGAGGGAACUGCUUGACUCAACACAACAAACUGCUGACAAGGAGCAACUUGCCCAACUGCAGAUUUUAAAGAAGGCUCAACAUCGGCAAAUUGAGGGCAUGGAGCAAAAGCUUGAGGACUCAAAGCGCCAUGUGAGAUCCCUUGAGCAUCAGUUAGCCAUUGUAAAAGAUGAAAAGGGUGGCUUUGCAGUGAGCCUUCAGGAGUCAAAUCGACUGCUGGGUGAGGCCAAAGAUCGAGAGGCUGAAAUGCAAAACAAACUGAAGCUGAUGGAGCAGCAAAUGCAGACCUUGAAUGAGAGAGACCAGGAGAACACAAAGAAGCAGAGGGUGGCCGAGGCCGCUGUGGACAGCAUGAAGCAGCAGAUGUUGGAACUGUGUCGCUCUGACACUCUAUCCAAAGCACGUGAGCAGCAUGACAGAACUGUUGCGGUCAUCAAGGAGAAGCACGAGGCCGCAAUCUUGGCCUUACAACACAAGCUCGAUUCAAUGUCUCAGGCUCUGAGUGAGCAGGUGGAUAUUGACCAUGGGUUACGUGAGCAGGUGAAACAUUUGGAGCGGCAAAGAGAACAAGAGCAACUAGAGCGAGCACGAGUGGUCAAUGCACUCACUCGGCAACUGGAGGAGAGUCAGCAGCAGUGUGCCAAGCUGCUGCAGACGAGUUCUGUGCAGGAAAUGGGCCAAAUCCAGAUCAAACUACAGCAGGCUCAUGCAGCUAAGGCUCUGAGUGAAGACGUGAACAGAGUCUUGCAGGAGGAUUUGUCCGACUUGAAGGAGCAGAUUACUCUGUAUGAAUCUGCUUUCAAACUUGGGGUAAUUGCAUUAGAUGUGACAGGUGACGGGGAGAACCAACUUUCUGAAUCCUGUUUGGAUUUAGGAUUUAAGAAAACCAACCGGAAAAAUGGCACUCUUCACAGCAUGGCGAUGGCUAAUCUCUCAGACUCCAAGCUGACCGGGGAUGAGGCGUUACGACAGCUGCGUGUGGAGAUGCAACACUGCUUGGGGAUUUUAAAGGUCAAGCGUCAGAAAAUCACUCAUCUGCAGGAGGAAUUGCAACAGCGUCGCGUCCGAGAGAAUGACCUGCAGACCCGAUUAGAUGAAGCCAAGCUCAGCUCAUCGGUUAGAGAGUACAGCCAGAUCAAACAUCUAAACUUGACUGGAGAGGAUCAGAAUGAGUUGGCUAAACUACAGGAAGACAAACGACGCUUGCUGGACCAAGUGGAGGUGAUGGAGAAGAAAAUGAUAGAGCUAAAGCAGAGUGAGGAGAAAGUCCGGUCUGCCAACUUGGAACUCUGUACUAAGAUGAGGGAGAUGAUCCAGGAGUUGGACCAGGAGAAGCAGGAGGCUGCUGAGCGAUCCGAGCGGAUUUAUCAGCAGCAUAGGGAGGACCUGGUGAACCAAGUUCGGACGGAGCUCAUGCUGGAGCAAAGGACUCAGGUUGAACAGCUGGCCGCACAACAUGAGCAACAUAUCCAGCACCUUAACACUCAGCUGUCUGAGACCAAUGACAAAAUGUUGGCUGUGCAAGAGUGUUACAUCUCUGUCUGCAAGGAGAAGGAUAAGCUGGAGGAAAACGCCAGGAACAGAGAGCAACAGGAGUAUAACCAAAGGGAAGAGAGUCGCACGAAUGUGGAGAACGUGAGAGCUGAGCUCGAGGCUCAACACCAGGAAUCCAUCAGCCAGCUCAAGUCUCUGUGGUCUAAAGAGAAGGAGGCUGAGAUCCAGCGAGUAGUGACCUCUCACAUAGCCUCAGCAAAGGCUGCUUGGGAGGAAGAUCGGCAGCAGAUGGAGAGGAAGUGGACUCUGAAGCUUGAGGAGGCUCGAUGUGAAAAAUGUCGUAUGGCUUCUGACAGAAGCUGUCAGACCGAUGGGCUUGGAGCAAACUGUUUGACGGUCACUGUUGAAGAGCUGAACUCCAGACUCAGCGCCCAAAGACUGCAGCUGCAGUUGGAAGCUGACAAAGUCAAACGCCAAGCUGUGGAUGAAGCCAGGAGACAAGUCCAGAAAGACACGCAGGACAAACAUCUGGAGGAUCUGGCCAAUAAGGUUGAAGGAGCUGUGGCGAGGGCUUACAACCACUGGAUUGAGGAUUUGACCUCAUUACCUGAAUACCAAGCCUCUCUUCAGAGAGAGAAGGAGAAAUGGGAAGAGCGACAGAAACAACACACAGAUGAACGGGUAUCGCAAGCUCUAAAGGAAGCAGAGCAGCAGUGGCACGAGCAGCAACAAGAGCAGCUACGGGAUCAGAACUGUGGAGCACAGAGGGUCCAUGAGCUCCAAGAGGCGGUGGUAACGCUCCAUAGCCAGCUGGAGCAGAUGAGCAGGGAGCAACCUGCUCUGCUGAAGGCUGAACUGGCUGGAGCCAGAGCCGCCUGGAACAGAGACAAACAACAGGAGAUCUCGGUUGUCCAGGCUCGCAGCGAGCAGGCGUACCAAAGUAGACUACAGGAGCAGAGCAAGAAACUAGAGCUGGCUUUGCUGCAGGCCAGAGAGGAGGCUGACCACCAAAGGAAGGAGCUGCUGCUCCAGAUGGAAGCCAAGCUCCAGGAGACCCUGAGAGCUACAGAGGAUGAGUGGCGAUCUCAGCAGGCUGAGAAGGAUCACACCCAGAGACAGCAAAUGAGGGAGGAUUUCCUCGCGGAACUUCAGACCUGCCUGGGUGAGGUCCACACACAGCUUCUCAGCGAUUUCAGAACUGAAGCAAUGACACAGCAGAGCAAUGAAGAGAGCGGGAGAGGUGGUAUGUCAGAAGGCACAAUAUUGCACAUGAUUCACACUUCCUGCAAAGACAUUGUGGACAGAGCUGUGUCCCAGGCCAAGAAGGACUGGAAGAAAAUUAGUGAGGCGCAGUUGAGCUGCGUAUUACGAGAAACACAACAGCAGCAUGAAAGAGAACUCGAUGAGAUGCAAAGCUCUUUGACCCAGAUGAGACGGCAGGCGUGCAGCAGGAAGGAGUGUGCAGAUGCUUCCAGUAAGCUGCAGAAGAAGAACCAGGAGCUACAGAAGCACUUGGAGAAAGCUUGCCGUCAGUUCCAGCAUAGUGUCCGAGAACACAAAAUGACCAUGCAGAAACUCAAAGACGAGCAUGAACGCAGAUUACAGCAGGCACAGGAGGAGCAUUUGUUGCAACUGGACGAAGUGAGAAAAAGCAAGGAAGCUGCUGGGGCCUCUGAUCGCCAGCAAAAUCUUCAACAAGGCCUGGAGGAGAUGCAGCAGCAAUACUUGGCGACUGUUGAAAAGAUCAGAGGAGACAUGCUGCGUUACCUGCAGGAGAGCCGCGAGCGAGCAGCAGAGAUGAUCCGCAAGGAGGUGCAGAGGGAGAGGCAGGACACUGCACGCACAAUGCGACGCUACUACCUGACCUGUCUGCAGGAGUUACUGGAGGAUGGCGGGAAGACUGCAGGGGCUGAAAAGAAAAUAAUGAAUGCUGCUAGCAAGCUGGCGGCCAUGGCUAAGGUGCUCGAGACACCCAUUAAAAAGAAACCUGGAAAGAACCACAGUUUCCCAGCAAGUAACAUAGAUUUCAUUAAGAACCCAUCCACUCUACCAUGUGACAUCAGAACCCACAGAGGUAAGACCUCGGAUUUGGAGCGAAAAACAACUCUGACGCGGACUCUGCUUGUGCACAAGCAGGAUGUUGCAGCAUGUGGGAGAGAUGCCACAGGAGAGACGCAUCCCUAUCCUCCAAAAGCUCCACUGGUGACAUCUUCAGCCUUUGCUCCCUUGAGAAGCAACAGCAGAGAGGUGUACCUGCAGGGAGGAGAACCUGACAACCACGUCCAAUUGGACCUGCAUAGCAAACCUUGCCUUACCCAGGAAGUUCCAGUCAGAGAUGAGAAACGGACCGACCGCAGCCUGAUCAGCAGCGACUCAGACAGCCUCCACGUCCCUCGACUGUCCCACUUGGGAAGGAAAGUAGCCGCUGAUCUCUGCGACUUUGGCAGUGUAACCCCGGAUGCCUCGGACUUGACGGUUUAUAAGGAGAUAGCUCAGAAGACACUUGAGAGCCGAACCUUUCCCACCAAAGCAAAGAUGAGCUCCCACAGAGAGUCCACGUCAGGCUCAGAGGCAGAGAAGCAGCAUGGUGUGUGUAGCAGGCCUCUCUUCUCUGAGCUGAGACGACAGCAGGACAGCGGCUUUGACAGCCCCUUUUACCAGCCAAAAUGACUCCUCAGCAAAGAUGAAGCAGCUCGCCAAGUCACUUUCUACUGGUCCUUAUUUGCAGCUUGAUGACAACUCCAUUGCGUGCCAUUUCUCCUGCAUUCUUAGCUAUGGGGUCAAUAAUGUAUGCUAUGCAUAUGUUAUACAGGUUUUAUGUGUUGUCUUGUUUAUGUUUCAUUUUAAUAAAUCAUUCUUUUACUGCAAGGUGUGAAACAUUUCUUGUUAGCAGCUAAGUGUAAUAGAUGGCAGUCAGUGUGACAUGUGCGCAUGUCUUUGUUACUCAAGCUCGCUCCCUGAACCUUAAGAGCUGUGCUGAGCGUCGUUAGCCAUCUGGCCGUUUAGCUCAACGCUUGGCUGUCUUGACCCUCGUUUCGAAGGUCCUGGAUUCGAGUGACUGGUUGAACCAGGAGUGUUAAAUAAGGCCUGAAGGUUUGGUUGUGAACGCCUUUAAUUGCAGUCCUGUAAUGCUUGAUUCUGGGUGUGCUAAUAAAAAAAAUCAUAUUAGAAACGAGAUACUCCACAGACAUUUAAAAUCCAGGUCGAGUUCCAUUCCUAGACUGUGAUGCAUGGUUGUGUGUAAAAUAAUAGUUUGCUUUUAAAUGCGAGUAAAGUUCAUAUUCUUUACAAUCGUUAUUAUUCCCAUGCUUUAAGAACACUCAUUCUGAAUCAAAGCAUGAACUGGAGAAGCACUCAGAGUGCAGAUCUCCGCCAAGUGCCAUAGUAUGUGUAUUCAUAUACAUUGUUUAUUGUCACCUCUUAGAUUUGUACAUUCAUCACGUGUGAUGUGUGCUGCUGACCUCUUGGCCAGGUCACCCUUGUAAAAGAAAUCCUGAUCUCAAUGGGUUUUUUAUCUGGUUAAAUGAAAAAGUUCCUCCCCCAUAUUGUGAUUCACACCAAAAUAAUAAUCCUACGUUUUGUAGAAGCUGUUGGAAGCUUGUCCUGUAUUUUUUUUCCCCAAGUGCUCUGAUGAUUUUUAUGUAGUUGUAUGCACAAAUGCCAGAAGUGGUCCUAUCUCGCAAUGUUAAAGAAUCCUCUAAAAAAAAUUCCUGAAAAAGCUUGAAUUUCUUGGCUUCAUAUUUGUUAGAUAUGUCAAAGCUGGGCCGCACGGUGGUCGAGUGGUUAGCAUGUUGGCCAACACAGUAACAGUCUGGAGAUCGGGAAGACCUGGGUUCGAUUUUCCCUUCGUUUUCAGCUAAGUGUGUGCACUCCCGCAACCUGCACGCAGAUCUCAAUGCAAAACUCGGCACAACAGCUUUGACAUCCAUCCAUCCAUCCAUCCAUUUUCUAUACCGCCUCUCCUCUUUAGGGGCGUGGGGGCAUGUUGGAGCCUAUCCCAGCUGACUUCGGGCGACAGGUGGGGUACACCCUGGACUGGUGUCCAGCCAAUGGCAGGGCACAUAUAGACAAACACUCACAUUCAUACCUAUGGAAAAUUUAGAGUCGCCAAUUAACCUCACAUGCUUGUUUUUGGAAUG